AUGAAGCAGAAGUACCACAGAGAACACAAAGAGAUGCACGCUCGCACUUUGUCUGCCUUGGAUUGUCAGUGGACGAACAUGAAAGGUCACAGUUUUCUUCAGCACUUUGCGCUCUUCAUCAUUCCCAGUGUGGUGCACCAUGCACACCCACAGGUGCUGCCUGAGAUGUUGAAGCUGAUAUCUCUUGACUUCAAACGGCUCUUCUUUGAGGGCUUGACCAUUGGAGGUAAGCAGUUCUGCUUUGCUCUGAUCGCAGCCAAAGGAGAUUUGAAGUGGUUUUGCAAGAUCGCUUUGGAACGGUCAUUUCAAAAUCAGGGCAGGGUCCGUGACAGACCUUGUUGCCAUGAGUGCAUGGGUGGCUCAGGAGCUCUUACAUGGGAAGACUUGAGCGAGAAUCCUGUUUGGGCAAAUUCAAGAUAUACGCAGCGACCUUGGUCAGUGCCUCCUUGUGUGAUUGAAGUGCCGUUCUGUCGGAGAGCGCCUGAAAAACAGUUCAAGAGAGAUCCAUUCCAUUGUGCCAAAGUUGGCAUCUAUCGGGAUCUAGCUGGCAGCUGUAUUUGUUGGCUUGUCGCCAAGCAGUACUACGGCAAUGCUGGGGACUUUUCAGCCAAGCUGGAAACAUGCCACGGGAUUUUUAGAUUGUACUGCACUACGGUUGGCCGCACAGCUGCUUUGCGCUCAUUCAGCCGCGCCCUUUUCAUGUACCCACGGUUUAGUGCAUACCCGUGGGCAAACACGAAGGGCAGUGACACCAUGGUUUUGCUGUCCUUCAUUGCUGUUCAGUGCGCUGGCUUCAUCAAUGCUCCGCUCAAUCCAGCUCAUGUUGUUGACUUGAAGCUGAUGCGCCAGACCUGCUUGGCUGCAGUUGACUACUUCUCUGUCCUCAAUCACCAUGGUUUGUGGCUCCGGAGGCCGUGUGCAAUGGCUGCGCAGGUUGAGCUGACAAAAUUUGUUGUUGGCUACGGGAUGCUAGCAAGCAGGUGCUUGAACGACCAAUUCAAUGGUUGGGCUGUGAAGCCCAAGCUCCAUCUCAUGAAGCACGCUCAUCUUGAAAUGCAUGAGUGGCUGGCAGCAGGUUUGGAGAUUCUGCCAAAUUACAACGUGCACAACUGCGAGCAAAACGAAGAUUACAUAGGACGAGUGUGUCGCCUGUCCAGGCGACUUGACAGUCGGAGGAUUGGGCAACGUGUCCUUGAGUGUUGUUUCAUGAAAUCUCGUUUGAUGCAUCAACGCUUUGUAAAGGAGAACCAAUUGGAUUGA